AUGCUGAUCAAGGAGUAUCGUAUCCCCAUGCCGAUGAGUGUGGAGGAGUACCGCAUCGCUCAGCUCUACAUGAUCCAGAAAAAGAGCCGAGAGGAGAGCUGCGGCGAGGGCAGCGGCGUGGAGAUCCUGGAGAACAAGCCUUAUGUGGACGGCCCCGGGGGCUCAGGCCAGUACACGCACAAGGUCUACCACAUCGGGAAACACAUUCCGUCCUGGUUCUGUGCCAUCCUGCCUCAAGCUGCCCUCCGAGUGGAGGAGGAGUCCUGGAACGCCUACCCCUAUACACGAACCCGGUAUACCUGUCCCUUUGUUGAGAAAUUCUCUAUCGACAUUGAGACGCAUUAUAAACCAGAUACUGGAAACCAAGGGGACCUCUUCAAUCUGUCCUCUGCUGACAAGAGACAGAGGACUGUAGAUCCCAUAGACAUCGUGAAGGACUACAUCGCUCCUCAUGAGUACCUGGUGGAGGAAGACCCGAAACUGUACCAGUCUGAAAAGACCAAACGGGGUCCACUGUCAGAGGACUGGAUCGAGGAGAUCAACCAGGACCCUGGUCAGAACCCCGUCAUGUGCGCCUACAAGCUCUGCAAAGUGGAGUUCAGAUACUGGGGCAUGCAGUCCAAGAUCGAACGCUUCAUACAUGACGUGGGUCUGCGUAAAGUGAUGGUGCGCGCCCACCGGCAGGCGUGGUGCUGGCAGGACGAGUGGUACGGCCUGACCAUCGAGGACAUCAGGCAGCUGGAGCUGGAGACCCAGCUGGCGUUGGCUAAGAAGAUGGCCCACUACAGCCUCAGCGAGGAGGGGCGAGCGGAGCCCAAUGGCUCCACUCCCCAGGACCAGCAGCAGGGGGCUGAGGCUGUGGGAUCCAGUGCAGAGGCCGAGGGAGGAGGAGGGAAGCUGGGGGAGUCACUGGAGUCACGAGGGGAGCUCACCAAGCAGUGGUCAACAUCCUCUAGAUCAUCCAAUAGGUCAUCUAAGAGAGGAGGAAGUCCAUCUCAUCAGAGCAUUUCAGAAUGGAGGAUGCAGAGCAUUGCACGGGACUCAGAGGACAGUACCGACGAUGAGUUCUUUGAUGCUCAUGAAGACUUUUCUGACAAUGAGGAGAUGUUCGCCAAGGAGAUCACCAAGUGGAGCUCCAACGACCUGAUGGACAAGAUAGGAACUACAGAGGCGGAUGAAGCACAAGAAACUUUGUAUCGGGAGUCGGGCGAGGAGUACGCCGUGAUGAGUAAUGAGGAGGCGCAGAUGGAGUGGUGUGUCUCGAAAAGAGAAGAACUUCAGUCCAUCAGGUUUCCCCGAAGGCUGAAUGAUUGUUCGUCUCAGCAGUGUCUGCAGCCGUCCAAAAUCCAUGUCCUCAUUCUGGUCCUGCACGGAGGAAACAUCCUGGCCACUGGCUCUGGUGAUCAGAGCAGCAAGCAGGCAGAUGUAAACACGCUGAGUGGGGCUUUUGAGACCGUGAUGAGGGUCCAUUACCCGGCAGCGCUGGGCCGCCUCGCCAUCCGGAUGGUCCCCUGCCCUGCUGUGUGUGUCGACGCAUUCUCCCUGGUCUCCAACCUGAGCCCCUACAGCUACGACGAGAGCUGCCUCUCCAGCAGUCAGGACCACAUCCCCCUGGCUGCUCUGCCUCUUCUGGCUACCUCUGCUCCACAGUAUCAAGACGCUGUCGCAUCCGUCAUCUUACGAGCCAAUCAGGUCUAUGGUGACUUCAUCAAGUCUCCAGAUGGGGCGUCUUUUUGUGGCCAGGUGUGUGUCAUUGGCGACUGUGUCGGUGGUAUCCUGGGAUUUGAUGCUCUGUGCAGCAGCUCGGUGACGGUCUCAGAGAGUCAAAACAGCAGCAGACGAGGCAGCACCAUCAGUGUGCAGGACACAGACCUCCUCUCUCCAGGUAUUAUCAUAAACAGCGUCUCUCCGUCUUCGCCGUCCCUGGAGGGAAGCCGCCAUCUCAGCCGCAGCAACAUCGACAUCCCUCGCUGCUCGGGGCCCGACGACGCCAAGAAACCACUUCCUCGCAAGCGCAGCGACUCGUCCACGUACGAGCUGGACACCAUCAAACACCACCAAGCCUUCCUGUCCAGUCUUCACUCCAGCGUGCUCCACGGGGAGCCCGGAUCACGGCGCUCCAGCAACAGCACCAUGUUGGAGGGAGGCUCCUUGGGAAAGUUUGACUUCGAGGUGACUGACUUCUUCCUCUUCGGCUCUCCUCUGGGGCUGGUGCUGGCACUGAGGAAGACUGUGGUGCCCUCGUUAGAUGUGUCGGCUCUGCGUCCAGCCUGUCAGCAGGUUCACAACCUGUUUCACCCGGCCGACCCCUCGGCCUCGCGCCUCGAGCCUCUCCUGGACAAGAGGUUCUACCUGCUGCCUCCCUUAAGUGUUCCCCGCUAUCAGCGCUUUCCUCUGGGUGAUGGACUCUCCGCUCUCUUGGUGGAGACUGUGCAGAGUAACCCUCAGCUUCUGAUGGAUACUGCUGGUAUGGGGCCUCAACGCUGGCAAGAAAGCAACUUCAAUGAGACGUCCAUCCCUGUGCCCGUUCUCAACUGGCAAACCUCACAGCUCCACUCAGAGACGGAUUCUCUUCACUCACAUAAUUUCGUCGAUGGCCAGUAUCCAUUGUCCACGUCACCAGGGGUCCCUCACCUUCGCUGCAACCGCAGGGCGAGCGAGGCCAGCAUAGCCAGCCAGGUGUCCGGCAUAGCCGAUGCUUACACCGCCUCCAACAUCGCCACGAUUGCAUCUCGGUGGUGGGGCGGGAAGAGGAUGGACUACGCCCUGUACUGUCCCGAUGCCCUGACAGCGUUUCCAACAGUGGCUCUGCCUCAUCUCUUCCAUGCCUCCUACUGGGAGUCUACAGAUGUGGUCUCCUUCCUGCUUAGACAGGUGAUGAGACAUGAGAACUCCAGUAUUUUGGAGCUGGACGGCAAAGAAGUGACUGAAUUUACUCCAUCCAAGCCUCGUGAGAAGUGGCUCCGCAAGAGGACUCAUGUUAAGAUUAGAAACGUGACAGCGAACCAUCGCUUGAACGAUGCUGUGUUCACGGAGGACGGAGCCCAGAUGGUGAUGGGUCGUUUCAUGUACGGCCCUCUGGACAUGGUUACCCUCACUGGAGAGAAGAUUGACAUCCACAUAAUGACCCAGCCUCCCUCUGGAGAGUGGGUGUGCUUUAACACAGAGCUCACUAACAGCAGUGGACGUGUCUCUUAUGUCAUCCCUGAGAGCAAAAAGCUGGCUGUUGGCGUGUAUCCUGUCAAAAUGGUGGUCCGGGGUGACCACACAUCUGCAGACAGUUAUCUAACUGUUUUACCACGGGGAACUGAGUUUGUAGUGUUCAGUAUUGACGGGUCAUUUGCUGCCAGUGUGUCUAUCAUGGGCAGCGACCCAAAGGUUCGAGCUGGAGCUGUGGAUGUGGUGAGGUAUUGGCAGGACCUGGGCUAUUUGAUUGUGUAUGUAACGGGUCGUCCUGACAUGCAGAAGCAGCGUGUGGUGGCCUGGCUCUCUCAGCACAACUUUCCUCACGGAAUCGUCUCCUUCUGCGACGGCCUGGUUCACGACCCCCUGCGACACAAGGCCAACUUCCUCAAAACCCUCAUCAACGAGGCCCACAUGAGGAUCUUUGCAGCGUACGGAUCCACCAAGGACAUCUCGGUGUACACGUCUAUCGGCCUGCCUCCGUUCAAUAUCUACAUAGUGGGAAGACCCACAAAGAAAAUGCAGCAACAGUGUCAGUUCAUCUCGGACGGCUAUGCUGCCCACCUGUCCCAGCUGGAGUACAACCAGAGGUCUCGUCCCGCCAAGUCCGCCAGCGCCCGCAUGGUCCUCCGCAAGAGCAGCUUUGGCCUGGGUGCAGCCGGAGGCGAUUUCCUCCGUAAACGCAACCACAUCUUUCGCAGCAUCACCUCUCAGCAGCCCGGGGGAGCUGGCUCGGCCACCCCCAGCCAGCCGGGCCGGACUGAGCGUACACUGAGCCAGUGCGAGAUGGAGCGCGAUCGGGGGGUCCCGGCAGGCGCCCAGAGAAGUAUGAGCAUAGCUGCAGGGUGCUGGGGCCGCAGCGGGAGCACCAAGGAGGGCAGCGGAGGGCUACUCGGCCCUAAAUGA